CACAACGGCUAGAGCAGCUCAUAGGCCAGUAUCUUUCUGAUGUAUCGCCAGUAACACCAUAUGCUUGCGCAUAGUGUCAAUUAGUUAAAUCGAUUGUUGGCAGGUUUUCUCGUUGUCCGUGUUGUUGGGGUUGUUCACAGUCAGUACAGUCUUUGAUCUCAUCGGCAGCUUCGGUGGCCAGACUCACGCCAAUGUCUUCUUCAGCUGUGCGCAAUACAAACUCUGACGGCUAUUCAGUGGCAGCCACAACAACCGCCCAGCCAUGGAUGUCUUCUCCCCGUCCCGGGUCUUCUACGACAGCGCCUGUGCCUCCUCGCCAGAGGGCCAGGAGUUUGGACCCGGGGAACUGGAUGGCUCAGAGGAGGACGAGCAUGUGCGGGUCCCCGGGGCUCCUCACCAGCCGGGCCACUGCCUCCAGUGGGCCUGCAAGGCCUGCAAGCGUAAAUCCAGCACGGUGGACCGGCGUCGGGCCGCCACCAUGAGGGAACGCCGCCGGCUGAAGAAGGUGAACCACGCCUUUGAAGCUCUGAGGCGGUGCACUUCAGCCAACCCCAGCCAACGGCUGCCGAAGGUGGAGAUCCUACGCAACGCCAUCCAGUACAUCGAAAGCCUCCAGGAGCUGCUCCACGAGCAGGUGGAAAACUACUACAGCUUGCCUGGGGAGAGCAGCUCGGAGCCUGGGAGCCCCUUGUCCAGCUGCUCUGACAGCAUGGUUGACUGCAAUAGUCCUGUCGUGUGGCCUCAGAUGAACACAAGCUUUGGCAACAACUACAGUUAUUCUAAGAAUGGGAACUCUGGAGACAGAGGUGCUGGGGCCUCCAGCCUGGCAUGCUUGUCCAACAUCGUGGAUCGCCUCUCUUCGGUGGACACCAGCGCCCCGGCUGGGCUCAGAGAUAUGGUUCCGGUUCCUUUCUCGCCAUCCAGUAUUGACUCCCAACCUUGUACUCCAGAAAGCCCCGGGAACAGACCGGUGUACCACGUGCUGUGAAGAAAACCUGCAUUCAACUGUGAAUAACAUGACAGCCCUUUUAAACCACAUACCACAUUUAGUUCCUAUUUCAUGAUGGUUAACAUCAAGGAAAGGAGUUUCAAAUGCCAGAAUUGUUUAAUUAACCUAAUUUAAGAGAGGAGUUUUAGUCAGCACCUGCCAACGUUGGUCUUGUAAAUAAGAUUGUAAAUAUGUAAAAUACAUUUUUGUUUAUUUUAUACAAUAUUAUUCCAAAUGUAACAUAUUUAAUUCAUCCGUUUCAUAUAACUGUUCUUAUGUUUGUAUUAUUCAAACAAGAUGUAUU